AUGCACGCAUACAUUGCUUGCCAGCCGCCAACGACAAAACAAGAAGAACACGGCCGAGAAGAAGAACAAAAGUCAUCCUGCCUUGUUGUGAAGACGACCCGCACGUGCCACCUCCUAUGUGCUUUUCAGGCUCUUCUCCCUGAGCAGCAGAAGAGGAGCUCCAGGAUGGAGCUGGAUUGGCCACAAACCCCCCACAUUAAAGAGGAAGAGGAGCAAGAGCUCCCUCACAUUAAAGAGGAAGAGGAGGACUACAGCAUCAGUCAGGAGGGAGAGCAUCUUGACGGACUGGAGGAGAUCCCAGUGAUUGGUGUCAUUGUGAAGAGUGAAGAUGAAGAAGACCAAGAUCAAAGUGAGGAGAACAGCGAGGUGGAGCCUCCAAGCGGCAGCUCAACUCGUCGCAGUGACAACACAAGCUGGAAAUGUUCUCAUUGCGACAAACUUUUUAGCUACAAGUCAAAUCUGACUGUACACAUGAAGAUACACACUGGAGAGAAACCAUUCUUGUGCUCAUUUUGUGGUAAAACAUUCUCUCAGAAGGUACAUUUAACAGCACACACAAGAAUACACACUGGAGAUAAACCCUUUUCUUGUUCAGUGUGUAACAGGGGCUUUGUGCGAAACAGAGAUUUGAUCAUACACAUGAGAAUACACACUGGAGAGAAACCAUUCAUGUGCUCAGUUUGUGGGAAAAGAUUCUCUCAGAAGGCGCAUUUGACAGGACACACAAGAAUACACACUGGCGGCAAAACUUUUUCCUGUCCAAGCAGCAGCUCAACUCAACUCAUUGGAGAAGCAGAUCACUGCAGAGGAUCACAAGUAGACAAACUCUUAGCACCGCUAUCAGAUAGUGACGACUUAACAUCACACUCUCCUGACACUGAUAAUGAAAGCUCUAAAGCUGAUUUGACAUGUCACGUUGACAACACACACUUAAAAUGCUCUCAGUGUGACAAAACAUUUUAUGACAGUAGCAAUCUGACAAAACACAUGAGAAUACACACUGGAGAGAAACCUUUCAUGUGUCCAGUUUGUGGUAAAGGAUUCUUUCAGACAUCGCAUUUGAAAGAACAUACUAGAAUACAUACCGGAGAGAAACCAUUUGCCUGCUCAGUUUGCGAUAAAAGAUUCUUUCAAAAGGUCAAUUUGACAGCACACGCAAGAAUUCACACUGGAGAAAAACCCUUUUCCUGUUCAAUCUGCCAUAUCGGUUUUGUACGAAAUCGAGAUUUGAAAAGACACAUGAGAACACACACUGGAGAGAAACCAUAUUCCUGUUCAAUCUGCAACAAAAGCUUUUGUGACCGAACACCACUUGUGACACACAUGAGAUUACACACUGGUGAGAAAGUGUUCAGUUGCAGUGUGUGCGAAGAAAGAUUCUCUUAUAAGUACCAGGUUAACAAUCACAAGUGUGCCGGUGAGAACAGCAGCAGGAAAUGAAGCUGCGGGACUUUAUAAAUAAACUGGCAAGUCUUGGAUAACUGCAAGCAGUUUGCUAUUGAAUGCAGUCAAUGAUAAUUGGGUCACAUUUUCAUGUUCUCAGCUCACAUCUUAUGCCGUACAAAGCAUUGUAGCUACUACCUACCAUCUUUAUAGUUGAUUGAGGUGUGUCAUCUGUUUACUAGCGUAUGACGGUUGAUGGCCAAAAUGCUGUCCAGCUAAUUUUAAAGUAAAGUGGGUGUUAGCACAGUAAGAUAGCAGUCACAUUGGGUUGCUCAACCCACUUCAUGUGUGUUGGUUUUUAAAUUCAUUUACAUCCCUUGCACAACAAAAUGCCUCAAUUAACAAUGCAGCAUGCUUUAUGUGUGUGUGUGUGUGUCACUGUUGUGCGUGCCUUUUAUUUGAAGCAUCCUUUCUGAUUGUGUGUAUCAGUCCUACGCCUUUUUGUAGUCAAUAAACCUGUGGCCAUGGAAUACGUUCUCAGAGUAUUUGAUCAAG